AUGGUCUGUGGUCCGACAUGCCUUUCUUUAAUCAUUGUAUUUUUCCAGAGCUCCAGACUAGGGCUUAGUGACCACCUCUCUGUGCCCAGGACUCCAUCACCUCAGCCUGGGGUGGCAGAGCUCUCCUCCUCCCUGAGAGGACUCCUGAACCUGGUGGAUCAGCACUGGGCUGGCACACGCUCCCUCCACCUUAACCCCAGCUUCCUGGGCCAGGCCUACGACCUGCUCUCUGCCCUGGGAUCACCUCCUGCUACUUCCUGUCUGACAGAGACAGAAGAAAAGAGAGAAGGACAGAACAGAGGAGGACAAGAACAGAGUGAGAGUCAUGUUGAUGUGACUCCACAGUGCAGUGAGAUAGCUCUCCUGAAGAGGAAGCUGUCCUUCACACAACAGCAGUUGGAAUCCCUGAAGAAAAGGCUUGUCGAGGCUCUGAAAGAAAACUACAACUUGAGACUAACCAGCCUAAAGCAGGACUCCUCUACCACUGCAGAGGCCAACUGUGGCAGGCAUUGGGACAGGUGUCUACAGAGACAGGUGCUUGCUCUGCGAGAGCAGGAGACACACCUGAGACAACUGGAGCAGACCAUUGUGCUUCUACAGGGCAAUCACAGGUCUUUGGUGUCCAAUAAUAACUCUCUGUUGGGACAUCUAAAUGAACACAUAACAGAACAAACGGAGUCCAGAGUCCAGAGAAUCCAGCCAGCAGACUAAUCUAAUGAGUUCAACAUUGAACAUCAAUUCAAGCCUUUGCCAAGAUUGUACUGCGUUCUAAUGACUCGAGCCUUCUCUGUAAACUGUUGUAGGCUGUUUGGCAUACUGUGAAAUUACAUUGAAAAUGUAUUUGUAAUAUACAUGCUUUUUAUAUGCACUCAACAAAAAAACACUUCUAAAGAAAGAUAACGUUAGUAUAUCAUAAUACACUUUUCUGUAUUGUCAUUUGUGUAAUUAGAUGAUGAUAAUAAAGCGAUGUUUUUUU